CAACAAAAACUUUUCUUUUUCUCUCUAGAACCUCUGUUUCCCUUCUUCCCGAUCAAACCCAAUCCCCUCCUCUCUCUUCCAUAACCACCAUUACCAGCCUACUCACCAUCAUCACAGCACAAACGAUGUAUAUAUGGAGCACCGCAUCAUCCCCAGACCCAGCGGCGACUCCACAACCUCACCACAAUCUCUCUCGGGAUCAUGUUCUCAUGCUCCUCCCCGAUGCCCACUACCACCCCAGCCAGAUCCCAUCCGCCCUCUUUCUCUCUCUCUAACCGGAUACAACAUUAGGCACAAAGAGAAAAUUCCUGUGCUGGAUUGAAUUCAUUCUCUGUUUUCAAAUUAUUAUUUUUUUUGUUUUUGAAUUUGCAGACAUAGAAGCAGAUAAUUUAUUUUUUGAAAUAGGCGGGUUCGAGUUGAUGGGGUGUUGGGAAGGAUGGGGCGAAUUCAAUUUUGUAGUUGUUGGGCUAUCGGCGAUGAAGCUGGUAGGAUGGGGAUGAAAGAGGCCAGAACUGAAGAAAAAAAGAAAAGAAAAGGGGAGACCAAACCCUAUCGCCCUCCAUCUCUCUGCUUCUCUCUUAGGGUUUCAGAUUCUUAGUUUCAUUGACGCGGAGGAGGGUCGUCGGCGGAGGGAGGACAACAUGGUGGAGAUCAGGAAGAACCGCAGAGAAGAAAGCCUCCAGAAGAAACGUCGCGAGGGCCUUCAACCUCCGCAAUUGUCCUCUAAUCUUCACUCCUCCGGCCUAGAGAAGAAGCCUUCAAGGUAUCUUAUCAGGGACCUGUUCCACCAUGGGUGAUUUUAGCAUUCAGAUUAGCUCCAAUCUGGUUGAUAAGCUUGUUCAUGAUGCUGAGAAGUCAAAGAAAAAACCCAGAAGAACUAAAAUUAAGGUACCACGCGAGCCUCAAAAGCCCCAAACGAAGACAAACCAGGAACAGGUUUCUGAUGAUUCUGAGGGGACAGGUGCUAAAGGAUGGCCUCUUCAGCCUCCUAUAUUCGUGCCUGUAACCCCUCCUUCACAAUCUACCUAUGCGGAGUUAGAUGCUAUCAGAUCUGUUCUUCAAGAGAGUGGCAGGGUUCUGGAGCGGUUGCAGAAGCAGGAGGAGAAUAUGGUGCAGGAAGUGACACAAAGAGCAAAGGAACUUCGUGAUAAGGAGUUCAAGCUUCCAUUCCAGAAGCCUAUGCCCUGCUUAACGGAGAAGGAUGCUUGCUUGGCUUGCUACAAGGAGCAUGCCGACAACCCUCUGAAAUGCGCUGGUUUUGUCAAGAGUUUUGAAGAUUGUGCUCGCAGAAUUAGGCAGCAAGUGGGUUCAGCAGAGAAGUAAAUGAUUUAGAGAAUUGUUCAGGUCAUAUACUCGAGUGCAAGCUGAUUUCCAAGAUUUUGGUAGAACUAAAUAAACCCAAACACUAAUUACUAGUGUCCUCAUUAUUGGAUUGCUUGCUCUGUUCUUAUACUGUCGUCACAAUUGUGUUAAUUUUUAAUUUUUUUACUGUUUCUAAA